AUGUCUAUGUCAAGAAAAAAGUGUUGUGUUCCUGGGUGUAUUGGAUCAGAAAAAUCACAUCAGACAAUGCAUCUGUUUCCAAAUCCAAUUAAAGAUAGAGAACGCUUUAGUCAGUGGGUUCUAUCAAUUGGUGGUAAUAUAAUUGGUUUACAAAAUGAGGACAUAUACAAACAUCGCAGUGUAUGCCAUGUACACUUUGAAGAAAAGUAUUGUUGCCGCAAUAACAGAUUAAGUAAAAUUGCAGUGCCAACACUACAUUUACCUGGACCUAUUUCAUUACCACAAUUUACUUUUGGUGAAAGAAGGCCUUUGGGGCAAAUAGAAAAUUAUUCAUCUCCAAUAAAAACAUUAGCUGCAACAUCUACCUUUGCUGCAUCGUCAUCUUCAGUGCUUUCCACCUGCCCCUCAGCAUAUAAAAUAAUGAAAGAAAAUAUAGAUCCUGUAAAAAAGCAGCCACAAUUGGACAAAAAUGAUCUUCAGCCUGAGAAGAAAGAACUGUUGCAACAAAUAUGGGGUAUCUUGCAGACAAGGCGAAAACCCGAGAUCGGUCGACGAUGCACGAAGGCGCCCGAGAGUAUUCAAAAUAACGGCUCGCCGUGUGACGGCGAU